UUGCUGAUUUCAAGAAGAAGAUGAAGCCUCCUGCUCCAGGGACAGGCUGUUGCUUCCCUCCUAUCUUUGGCAAGUCGCGCAGUCGCUCCGGAAGCUUCCGUCUUGUUUCUAAUUCCUCUCUUGAGUCGUCAUCAAGUAGAAGUAGUAGUGGAAGAGAGAGGUCAUCAUCAUGGUCACGUGGGAGAAGAGAUAGUAGCCGCCAUCAGCAGCAGCAUCAAAAAGCACCAAUGGUUGUGUGCUUUGGAGAAAUGAUGGUAAAUUUGGUGCCAACAGAGAGUGGAGUGUCCCUUGCUGAUGCUGUUGAAUAUAAGAAAUCCCCUGCUGGUUCUACUGCUAAUGUCGCUAUUGCAAUUUCCAGACUUGGUGCUUCUUCUGCUUUCAUUGGCAAGGUCGGAAAUGACGAAUUUGGGUAUAUGCUAAGUGAUAUUUUGAUGCAAAAUGGUGUUGACAAUUCUGGGCUUCUGUUUGAUGAAUAUGCAAGGACAAUGCUGGCAUUUUAUGCACUCAAGAGUGAUGGUGAGCCUCAGUUCUUGUUUUAUAGACACCCAAGUGCUGAUAUGCUUAUUCCACCUGAAGAACUUGAUGUCAGGCUUAUUAAGAAGGCAACAAUAUUUCAUUACAGUUCAUUUAGCUUAGUGAUGGAGCCUUCAAAGUCAUCACACCUUGCAGCAAUGAAUUUGGCCAAAAUGUGUGGCUGUCUCCUUUCUUAUGCCCCAAAUUUGACAUUGCCAAUAUGGCCAUCUUCACAGGCAGCUAGAGAAGGCAUCUUGAAUAUUUGGAACUUCGCUGACAUUAUUAAGCUAAAUUUGGAAGAAGUUCGGUUCUUGAGUGAAGGUGAUGACCCUUAUGAUGACCAAGUUAUUAUGAACAAACUCUUCCACCCUCAUCUCAAGCUUCUGCUUGUCACUGAAGGACCACGUGGCUGUAGAUACUACACUCGGGACUAUAAAGGUUGGGUUCGUGGAUUUGAAGUGGAAGUAGUUGACACAGAUGGUGCAGAUGAUGCUUUUCUAGCUGGAUUAUUGAGCAUUCUUUCUGCACGCAAAUAUAUUUAUAAGGAUGAGAGAAAGUUGAGGGAAGCUCUUGCAUUUGCAAAUGCAAGUGCUGCUGUCACAAUGACAAGGAGAGAGGCCAUACCUUCACUCCCAACAAAAGAUGCUGUCAUUAGACUUCUGCUCCCAUUUUAAUUUAUGAGCAUAGAAAUUAAAGAAGAACUUGUAUUAAUUAUUAUCAUUUUUAUCAAACUAUACUAUGUGCAGCCCAAAAUCAUCAAAGAUUCA